GUCAAGAGUGACAGCUGACGUAUAGUUGUCAUCCAUUUUGUUAGCAAUUCUCGCCAUUUUCGCGUGGUUUUUGCAUUUUUCAGGUUUUUCAAUAACUUUUCGGCUUCCUUCUUGGGUAAGCGUUAACUUCAGUUUCUGAUCAAAAUGGACGCAACUGCAAAAACUGAAGAUACCAAACCAGCAGAGAAAAGGGAAAAUGAGAAUGGUACCGCAGAAAGUACUGAAAAUGGCGAACAGCAACCUGCAAAGAAAGUUAAAAUAGAAGAAGCUGACAAAGAUCAAAUAAAAGUAGGCGUGUUGCCAGAAGGCUUUCCUGAUGACGUCAUGACUCAGGACCAAGUAGAGAAAGUAAAAGAAGCAAUUUUGGACAAAAUCAUAGAAAUGGAUGAUUCUCAAGUCAAGCCCAAGUUUUUGAGAGCCAUAAAUAGGAGUGAUUAUUUGGCCUUGACAUGUGCAAAUGAAGAUACUCUCACAUGGCUAGAAAAUGAGAUCUCCAGCAUCCAACCAUGGGAAGACUGCAAACUAAAAAUCGAGAAAGGAGAUUCUUUCCCUACAUCCGAAGUUUUAUAUGCUGACCUUCCUAAGAGUCAGGAUUAUACCACGGAGAAGAUGCUAAAAUUGAUUGACGGUCAAAAUGAAGGUCUCAGUGCGACCAGCUGGAAGGUUGUGUCAAAAUCUACAGGAGGGACCAUGGUUGAGCUCAUAGUGAAAGUACCGCCUGCAAUUAUGCAGAAGCUGAAAGAAAUGGACUACAAAGUUAACUACAAGUUUGGCACUGUCAGGAUCGGCCCGAAAGAAAAACCAAAGGCGCCUCCCAAAGCUUCAGGAGGUAAACCUAAGCAAAGGUUUGUACCAAAGCCGUUGAUGGACAGGCCGGUAUCGUUUACGCCUCCCAGGGGUAUGGGGGGGUCUAGGGGAGGGUACAGGGAUGGUUUUUACGGAGCGAACGAUAGAUACAAUGACUUAAGGGGGGGCCCACGUGGACAAUAUCCAUACGGUGGGGGACGCCAGGGGGGACAGUGGAGAGGCGGGUAUUAAAUCUAAAAAAAACUAAGUCUAAUAAUUAUUGUAAGUUAGUGUUGCAGUGGCGUAGGAUAAAAAAUUGGGGGCGGGUCUCAUCAAAAAUUGAACAUAUUUACAGAAGGAUAAUCACUCUAAAAUUAUUUACGAUCCCUAAAUUUUUGGCAAACGACUUACGUAUAUAUCAAUCGAAUUUAUAAAGAGGAGUGAUGUAAUUUGUUAUAAAACUAUAUCAUGUUGGGUUUUUUGAGGGACCAGUUGGAAACUGUAUGGCUUAUAUUACCAUUGCGGGAACGACUUGGCUAGCUUGAAGUCUAGAUUAAUAAUCUCGGGCCUUUUUUUGAGUAUUUCUAUGCUACGCCACUGUUGUCAUCUAACAUAGUCUGUAUAACCGUUUAAAUCACUUUGAAUCUGUAAGCUAGUUUUAGGUUGUAGUUAUGUGUAUGUGCAAGACUUAGGAAAAACGUUGAACGGAAGGCUAAUGCUUGCUAGCCUGUCACUUUUUAUGUUUUGUCAAUGUUGAAUAGACGAUUUGAAUAAUCAUGUUCUAAGUUUCAGUAUUAAUCGAUGUGAAAUAUUGGUUCUGAAAUUUUAAUUGUAAUGUCACUUUGAAAGCUAAAAUUGUAUAGUACCAUCUACAGAAAGGGAUUACUAAAAUUUUCUAAGGAUCUAAAGGACGGCAGAUUUUUGCUGUUAGAAUGUUUCACGUCUUUAGCGAGGUUGAACUCGAUCCGUGCUCCAGGCUGAAGAACUCGCCAAGUGAGAACAAAGAUACUUCAUCGGGUGUAUAAAAGAUACACUCGAGUUCUCAAGAUACUUCCCAGCUUGAUUUAGAUCAUCUCUUUUUACACAUAUUGGACAGGACGCGCCGAUAUCUUUUCGAUGAAGCUCCUAACGGAUUUCCAAGAAAGAUUUUUUUAAAUUUCGAUUCCAUGUAUUAAAGAAUCAAUUCUCAUUCAAA